CCCAGAGCCCCGGCCCCUCGUGAUGUCACGGCAGCUUUGAUACAAAGAGCCCUUCGGCCCACGCGGGUCUCCCGGCAACGCGCGCCGGUGGGGGCGGGGCCGGCGCCUUCCACCGGUGCCGAACCAUGCGAGCAGCGGCGGCUCGGAUCAGACUUGUCCCCGCGCCCUCCGCUCGGCCCGCCGCGUCCCCGUCAGCUCCGCCGUCCCGCGCCCGCCCACUUCUCGUCCUUCCGCACCGACCACACCGACCCGCGGCCGGACGUGGGGAUGCGCACCCAGCCGGUCCCCGGGGGCCAGGGCAGCGAGGUGCCGGACCCCACCUUUGCUGAUGGCGAGCUCCUCCCCAGGGAGCCCGGCUUCUUUCCCGAGGAUGAGGAUGAGGCCAUGACGCUUGCCCCACCCGAGGGCCCCCAGGAGUCGGACAUGGAGGGCCCCGUGGAGAGCACCCGGAGCCUGGAGGGGCCGGUCGGGAUUCCUGCCGAGGAGAAGGACACAGGGCUCGGGGGCCUGUUCCUGCCAGAGGACAAGUCCCUGGGCCACACUCCGUCCAUGACCGCGUCGGACCUCUCCACGCACUCCACCACCUCGCUCAUCAGCAGUGAGGAGCAGUUUGAAGACUACGGGGAGGCGGAUGACGUGGACUGUGCCCCCAGCAGCCCCUGCCCCGACGACGAGACCAGGACCAACGUCUACUCCGACCUGGGGUCGUCAGUGUCCUCCAGUGCGGGGCAGACGCCUAGGAAGAUGCGGCACGCGUACAACAGCGAACUGCUGGAUGUUUACUGUUCUCAGUGCUGCAAGAAGAUCAACCUGCUCAAUGACCUGGAAGCCCGACUGAAAAACCUGAAGGCCAACAGCCCCAAUCGGAAGAUCUCUAGCACGGCCUUCGGACGGCAGCUCCUGCACAGCAGCAACUUCAGCAGCAGCAACGGCAGCACCGAGGACCUGUUCCGGGACAGCAUCGACUCCUGUGACAACGACAUCACGGAGAAGGUGAGCUUCCUGGAAAAAAAGGUGACAGAGCUGGAGAAUGACAGCUUGACCAACGGGGACCUGAAGAGCAAGCUGAAGCAGGAGAACACGCAGCUGGUGCACAGGGUGCACGAGCUGGAGGAGAUGGUGAAGGAUCAGGAGACCACGGCCGAGCAGGCCCUGGAGGAGGAGGCGCGGCGCCACCGCGAGGCCUACAGCAAGCUGGAGCGGGAGCGCGGCACGGAAAUCGAGCUGCUCAACUCCAGGGUGCAGCAAUUAGAGGAAGAAAAUACCGAGCUUAGAACAACAGUGACUCGGCUAAAGUCACAAACAGAGAAGCUGGACGAGGAGCGGCAGCGCAUGUCCGACCGGCUGGAGGACACCAGCCUGCGACUCAAGGAUGAGAUGGACCUGUACAAGCGCAUGAUGGACAAGCUGCGGCAGAACCGCCUGGAGUUCCAGAAGGAGCGGGAGGCAACGCAGGAGCUCAUCGAGGACUUGCGGAAGGAGCUGGAGCACCUGCAGAUGUACAAGCUGGACUGCGAGCGGCCGGGCAGGGGCCGCGGCUCGUCCUCAGGCCUGGGCGAGUUCAAUGCCAGGGCCCGAGAGGUGGAGCUGGAGCACGAGGUCAAGCGACUCAAGCAGGAGAACCAUAAGCUGCGGGAUCAGAACGAUGACUUGAAUGGGCAGAUCUUGAGCCUCAGCCUCUACGAAGCGAAGAACCUCUUUGCCACCCAGACCAAAGCCCAGUCUCUGGCUGCGGAAAUAGACACGGCCUCUCGCGACGAGCUUAUGGAAGCCCUGAAGGAACAGGAGGAGAUCAACUUCCGGCUGCGGCAGUACAUGGACAAGAUUAUCCUUGCCAUCCUGGACCACAACCCCUCCAUCCUUGAGAUCAAACACUGAGACGAGGGGGCGGGCCGCAGAGCGGCCUCGGGACCCCCGGGCCCCGGCACUGAGGGGCGGACCCUGCCUGAGGGUGCGGCCCAGGCCGGGCCUCCCGCGCACACUGUAAACGUGUCACUGGCCACCGUGUAACGUGUACUGGUGUGUAUGUGGGGAGGCCGUGGGCACCGCAAGGGGUGAGCGUGGGCUGCCGUCGUGGGCACCGUCUGCGCGGUGAGCCGUCCUUGCACUUUGUGGUCCCUCUGCGAGGGGCAGAAGGUCCUGGAGGUAGGCGGGGGUGAGGUCGGCGGUCAGGAGUUACUGUAACGAUGAGAGCUGGAAGCGUGUGUUUCAGAUACUGGAUAAAAUGAUUCUACCUCUGGGGACGAGGAUUAUAAAGUUCUCUAGUGGGGCAGGCGCUUUCACCCCAUCCCUGUUUCCCCCUGGGAGUGGGAGCAGAAUGAGGACCUUUUCCAGGAGUUCGAAUGCCUCCCCAACCUCUUUGGCCACCUUUCAGGGCCAGGUGCUUGAGCUCGGAGGGGAGGAAGAGGCGUGUGGGGGGAACAUGUCAGGGGCCUUCCCGACUCCCCCACCCCCAGCUGGCAGCCCGUGCAAGGCUUGUGCAUAGUGUGUCCAAAGGACUCAGGCUUUUGGAGGAGCUGGAGGAGUGACCUUCAUCCUGAGAGUUUUGGGCAUUUUUAGAGUUCCCGUAAACCUCCCCUUCCCUGAUCACCUACCUCUCCCUUUCCUUGUUUUGUUUCUAAGACAGUAAAAAAAAAAAAAAAUAAGCAGCGCUCCCUUGGUUCACUUUGGGGCUGGGGACAGUCUAAGGUACGCGUUGGCCCUGGGCAACCAAAGACGUGAUUUUCGGGUGGGAGCCCAUGCACGUCCCUGUCAGCGUCCUUCCCCAGGGCUGCCUUUUAAGAGAGAAGCACGGGUGGACCCUCUCGACAGCGCCCGUGGGCUGGGAGUGGGCCCUGCUUACCUGUCCCCAGUGGCGGCCUUGGGUUUGGAUUUUCAGAAUCCAAGCUCUAGGCUUGGCGAGGCUGGAUAGCAAGCCCCCUGCAUUCCAGCCUUUAGAAACACACCUGUACUCGGGUCUCAGCCAGGAGAACAGACGCUGUGCCGGUGGGAGAGACGGUUGGGGAAGUUGCGGGGAAACUUAGUCUUCCAUCCUGGCCACCCCCGGUAGACGUUCAUCCUCUGGAUGUUCCCUGUGAUCUUUCGUUCUGGGCGGCUGGGAGUAGGUACGGGACUUUUAAGUUUUCCAGGUUGUCUCAGUUCUGUAUGGUUUGUGAAUUGUUCCCUUAAUCCAAACACAUGUGAACAUGUAGGGUCUUAUUUCCCCCCCUGCAGUUCCUUGUUUCCUUCUGACAUGAGAAGGAAGGCUUGGGCAUGUUGGGGAAGGGUGUGUGCAGGAGAGAGAGGGCAGGAGAGGGUGAAGGGGGACCUGGGGACGGGGGUGUGUUCCCGCCCCCAGAGCAAGGGUGUGGCCAGGGCUGGUGGUCAUCCCAUUCCAGUCAGCUUGUGCUUUUGUCGAAUUUCGUGAUUUCUGUAUAAGCACGUGCAUGGGGUUUGUUUCUUGCAGCAAGUCAUGGGACUGCAUGGUCUGAUCCGGGACUUGGGGGCCACCCACACCAGGAAGACGAGGGCAGGGGUCAGCCUCCUGGGCGUCUCUCGACCCCUCAAGACACUGGUCUCCUUGGGCAGCCCCCCCAGGGGUCUGAGCAGAAGCAGCAGUGGGAAGAAGGCAGGGGGAGUGGGUCUCUUGAGAAUUCGCUAAUAGGAAGGAAUGGCAUGAAUUAAAGGACGGGAAAGAGGGUGAAUCACAGCGUGGCUUUGGUCUGGGUUUUAUGUGGGAAGGCGUCCUGCAGAGAGGCCGGCCAGAUCCGGGUCCUGGUCCGCUGGGGGGGCUCGCCCCAGGGGUGAGUGUUUUAUGUGCAAUAGUUUAUAUGCUCUUUAGCCGCACUGGUGUGGAAUGCCCAGGAAGGCCACAGAGGCCUGAGUUAACAGAAUCACAAUGUGGGAAGAAAUCAGCGCCGAGCAGGGAUGGGGGUGGGAAAAGCUGCCCGCCAGCAGGGGGCGCCACGGGAGCGGACUCCGCCAGGAAGCACCAGCCGGAAAGGCCCCCGGGGACCUGGUCUCUGGACCCGGCUGACUUUAAGAUGAGACUGAAUUCCAUUUGACACACGCCCCACGUGAAAUCCAACCUCCUUACUUCAGCCAGAAUACAUCAAAUUGGCUUUUUAAGAUCCUGUAGCUUUUUAGCCUGAGGCGGGGCAGAUGCCGAAGGGGUCCCAGCCCCACAGCCCCUGGGCAGGUUCCAGAGCCGGACUAACUCCAGUCCAGGUCGGGCAGACCCUGCUCUCUUCCUGUGUUUUCUCCUUCCUUUGCUUUCUGGUUGAGAGUUCUGCUUUUAACUCUCAGAUAGUAUACAGGAUGCCCAGUGAAAUCUGAAUUUCAGGUAAGCAAAUAACUUUCAGUAGAUGUUCCGUGCACUACUUGGGAUAUAUUUAAAAUGGAGAAGUUUUUAAAAUUCUGGUAACUGGGCCCAGUCCCCAGAGGUUCUAAUUCCAUUGGUGUGGCCCAGGCAUCAGUGCUUUGUGUGUGUGUGUGUGUUUUUUAAACAAUUCCCCAGGUGAUUAUAAUUGAAAUGGGUGCCCCGUGUGGGUUUUGGUUUUGCUAAACCUGGCGACUCUGCCAAGUAGGGAUUAGCAGUAGCUUGCCUGAAGGUGAGAGGUGUUUGGGGGUGUGGGGAGGGGUUGUGCAGCAGAUCCACAUUUUACAUGACUCUGGGCUAUGCUUGCAUUUCAUCGGAGCCCCAACAAAAUUUGUUGAAUCAGUGAGUGUUUUAAAAAAAAAAAUUAACUUUAAAUUGCCAGAGUUAGACAAGUUAUUUUAAAUGUGUAGAUUCUUUGAGAAUUGUCAGGGGGAAAUUAUCCUUUAUCUAUAAACUUCUAAUACGCUCUAUUUUUCACCUAUUAAAAACACAACGUUUGACAGCCUCCCAGAGUACCUGGACCUGAAACAGUGGUUCUCUACGUGGGCUGUGCAUUGGAAUCACCUGGGGAGAUUUUUUUUUUUUUAGAUGCUGCCUGGACCCCCAGAGACUUAGAUUUAAUUGGUGUGGGGGUGGCCCAGGCACCUAGCUGUUUAAAGAGCUCCCCAGGUGACGGUACUGUGCAGCCCAAGUUGGGACUCCUAUGCUAGGAGGUUGCUGGCCAGAGGCAGAGAACACCUCUGUUGGGCUUAUUAACCCAGGUGUGGGAUAACAGCAGGUUCUCCUGCUGGGAUGUUGGUGGCUUUUCCUGUAAUGACGGCAGUUCACUAUCAGACCACUCGCCCCCAGGUUGGGAGGCCAGAUGCCUUCAGGAGUGGGUGGCUCCAGCUGUUCUGAUGAGCCUAGGGGUUAGUGAACCCGAGUGGGCAGGUAGGUCUCUGCCUGUUGCUCAUGGAGUCGGUGGGUGGCUCGUGUCAGGGCGUUUCGGCCCCGGGCCCAGUCCAGAGUGGAGGUGGGGGAGGUAGGUGCUGAAAGCAGCCUCAGAAACCGCAGCCACCUGCCCACGCAGCUGCGCCUCAGGGGACUCCUGCUCUGGGGCUUUUGCCUCUGAUGUGUUUUCAGGCUGGGUGGGGAAGGGUCACCCCCAGCCCUCCCCUGUUAGUAGCCAUACCAGCAUUCCUGCCCAGUCGUGGAGGCUCCAGGCACCGUCCGCUGGCUUCCCGGCGCAGCCAGGUCCUGAGGGUCAGGACGGCUCUUUCGUUCCAGUGAGGGACUUCGUAACCGGCGAAGGCCUACAGGGGCCGGUGGGGCCUGGUGGACCAGGGAGAGAUGAAGCCCUCUUUUUGUGCUCUGCGGGUGUGUGUGUGUUUCACGCAUUAGCCAAUUGAAACCUGAAAGCUAACUUUAGAAGCGAUCAGAACGGGGACGUGUUGGGAUGGUUACAGUGCCAAGGAAAUGACUGUUCGCUGGCAAACCUACAGCGACUCUCUUCCAGGGCUGAGGUGGGUUUCAGAUCUCUGAGGGGAGGGCCAUUCAGGACUGCAGCCCUGGCACCCGCCCCGCCUUUCCUCCUUUGGGACUAGGGCAGCCCCUCUAAUGCGAUGCUUCAGGCUGGCGACGCUUCGGGGGCCUCAAGCUAGAGCAGCCACGCCCAAAGUGACUUUGCUCAAGUCCCUUCCCUCCGUUGAUCUUGGGGACCUCUGGGCCCUGCCAUCCCGUUCUCAGUGCACCCGUGAACGGGCAGGGAGCAGGAGAGGCUGGAGCCAUGGGCCUGCCUACCUGCCCUCCUGCCACGCUGUACCUACCUGGGGAAAUAGCUGGCUGCCUUCUAGAAAGGUCCGUUUCUAGAAGCGUAGACCCUGCGAAGCCUGAUGUCACAUGACGUUGGUGCUCCGACCUUUCCGUCGUGACUGUAACGGAGGGAUGUCUGCCCGGAGCCCCCAGCAGGGGGGUGGCGGGGAGAGGCAGCCCGGCGCCGCCCCCGCGGGAUCUCAGUGCCGUGGUCUCGGGAGACGUGCCUCCUGCGGGCCCCUCUGCUUUGCUGUGCUGCACAGGCUGUGUUUUGUCUGCAUGGUCUGGGGUCCUUGUCCGUGUGCCUUCUCUCCCCUGUCACCACUGCACAGGAGUAUCCACGUUUCCACUGCCCCCCUUUUCUACGUCCUCCGUGUGCCCCGGCCCCGCCCGAGCCCUGUAAAGUGUACAUAGCGUCCCCCCUCGUGUCCACGUGCCUCCGCCCCGCACGCCUGUCCACAGGCCCGGCUCCGCUUCCUCCGCGCGCUCAGCCACGCAGACUUGCUGACCUGGGACAGAUGUUUCAUUGUGGUCUUUAGCUUGGGGGGAACGGGCCCACUCGGCCCCUCACCCAGCCCGCCGCUGUUUCGGCGCCUUGCACACUAGAAAAGCCUCACUCUGUGCAAAGCAGCUUCUCCCACAAACCCCUCCCUGUGGCCGGCAGAGCGCACCUUCCUAACCUGGCGCGUCGGCCCGGCAGCGACGUCGUGGGUCUGCAGCUGCUCUGCGGGCCCCUCGGAGGAUGCACCCCCGGCCCCCGAGAGACGCUCCCGCUGUGUGGCUCCCAGUGCUUGGCGCUGGGCCUGGGUUCAGGGCCACCGCCAUCUGGUGUCUAAAGAGCUUCGGACCCCCAGCGGGCAGAAGGAAGAGGCUUCCGGCUGCACCCCCUGCCUGCCACUGACAACUGCCGAGCUCUUCCUCGUCCGCUGAAGGUGCUCAGACCCGGGUGCCGUUAAAUCCCCGGUGACAUCAGGCCUGGCGUCGGACCGCACGUCGCUGAGGAUGCUGAGGACUGGCUCCCUCAUCCCGGCUCUUUCCGCUUUCUUGGCUGGGUCUCCGGGGCCCGCGCUGGGGUGAGCUGCACCUGAGGGCUCGUCCUAGGGUGUGUCAGGUGGCGCUGAUGCAUCGUGGGAUUUCGCCUGCGUCUUUUGCCCCAGGAGCCUCCGUGGGGAAGCAGGCUUAGCUUUGGGGCUGGGGAGAGACCUCCACCUCCAGGCCCCAGGGUGGGGAGAGGAGGGGUGAGGCUCCAAGUCUGCGUCCCGGGGUCCUGAGCUCUCUGCCUCCUGCCUGCUUCUGAGCCAAAAAAGCAGCAGGCUGGCAGAGGCAGGCUCCCUUGGGAACUCUCGUGUACAGACCACGGUGUAAAUAAACACGUUGCUUUUCU